AUGACACUUGCACAAACAAAUUUGGAUGGAAUCCUUCCGCUCGUAGCCAGAGGUAAGGUUAGGGACAUCUAUCAAGUUGAUGAAAGUACGUUGCUAUUUAUUGCAACAGACCGUAUUUCCGCUUACGACGUUAUUAUGGAAAACACAAUUCCAGACAAAGGUUUGCUACUGACUAAAUUGUCUGAGUUCUGGUUCAAUCUUCUAAAGGAUGAUGUGCGCAACCAUUUGGUGCCCAUUCCACAGGGAAAGACAAUGUUUGACCUUCUACCAAAAGAGCUCUCUGCUCCAAAGUACAAAUCUCAGUUGGAAGGAAGGUCUCUUCUUGUCCAAAAAUUCAAGUUAAUUCCAUUGGAAGUCAUUGUUAGAGGUUUCAUCACUGGGUCAGCUUGGAAAGAAUACAAGAAGACAGGCACUGUUCACGGUCUGCCACAGCCCAGUGGUCUUCAAGAAUCUCAAGAGUUCCCUGAGCCAAUCUUUACUCCUUCUACAAAGGCUGAACUAGGUGAACAUGACGAAAACAUCUCACCAGCUCAAGCAGAGAAACUUAUUGGUAAAGAUCUUUGCGACAGAGUAUCGCAACUAGCCAUCAAACUAUACUCGAAGGCCAAAGAGUACGCCAAGACUAAGGGCAUUAUAAUUGCUGAUACCAAGUUCGAAUUCGGUAUCGAUGAGGCAACCAAUGAAAUAAUUCUCGUAGACGAGGUAUUGACACCUGACUCGUCACGUUUUUGGAAUGGAAAUGAUUAUGAGGUUGGCAAAUCUCAAGACUCAUAUGAUAAGCAAUUUUUGAGGAAUUGGCUGACGUCUAACAAGCUGGCCGGCGUGGAUGGCGUUUCGAUGCCAGAUAAUAUUGUUGAUAGUACUAGAGCGAAGUACAUCGAAGCAUACGAAGUAUUGACCGGACAAAAAUGGUAA